AGGUUAGGUGAUGUUGCAUAGUAGAUUGAUAGUAAAAGAGUAAAGGGAACAUUGAGGAAUAAAACGUGAGAAUUACGGACAUGUUCAUUGAUUGUGACUUUUUGUUUCCUUCACAAUGUCUAUCGAGGAACGGUUGAACUAUAUCAAUGGUGUGCAAGACUUUAUCAAUUGCACAUCUUCGAAAAUUCAAGAUACUUUGUCUGCCUUGGGAUGGAAUGCAUCCGAACUCAAAUACACCGAUGUCAAUAAUGCUCAAUGCCCUUUUGACAGAGGGCACUGGAUGCCCUCCGAAAAACUUCCUGCUCACAUCGAAAUCUGUGCCCUGAAGAAGGAAGGUUAUUCUGGAUCAGAAACAUUAUUGCCCCCUAGUUGUGGAAAUGAAAAAUAUGCUAUUAAAAUUGAUUCUGAAACUCGGAAACAAGUCCUUCGAUCAGCUUUUUUGGCAAAUCCACGGUUAAAAUUAGGAGUUGAGGACAUAUCUAGAGAUGAUCGUCCGAUUCCAAGAACAGCCGAUCGCUGCGUUUCGGAAUUUACCGUGGAUGAGCGGCGAGUUCUCUAUGAUUUUGCCGUCAGCCAAACCUCCAAACCCAGCGCUGAAAGGAACAUUCAAGACAUCCAACUUUUUGAGAAUAUUGGACGCACUUGUGCUGAGCCAGCUAAAACGACGAAAACUUUGGAAGAAAUGAUGAUUGAAAUGCGGGAUGCAAAACGAAGACGAGCUUCAUAUAAAGGGAAAAAGGUCAAAGCAAAAAGUAGAUCAUACACAGAGACUCUGAAGAAUUUGAUCGAGACCCAAAUGGAUGUCCUCACAGAAAUGAGGGAUGACGACUCAUCCAGUAACAGAUGUGCCGCCCAACCAGAGCAAGAACACUCAGAAGCUGCCUCUUUUGAAGAGCCAGAAGCUCCCAGUAGACCCCAGCAGCUUUAUGAAAAAGAAUUCAUGCGGUCAGAUCAUGCAAGUUAUCUUGGGGAUUGGGUCGCAAAGUUUAAUAGAAGAGAGCGUGAUGAUUAUCGGGACUCAGGGAGCUAUAGGUCUCAUCAUCAAAGUCGCCACACAGAUGGAGGAUUCAAGAAACUCAAAAUAGCCGAUUCAGGUCACUCAUAUGAAAAAAAAGACCGGUCUUAUAAGCGCAAGAGGUCACGCAGUCCUGACGCUAAACUCUUUUCUAGAAGUAGUAGCCGCUCUUAUGAUUUUUCUUACUAUGGCGGAAAACCAUUAGUUAGGGAUGAAGAUGAAAUUUCUAGUCACUCCAGGCACCAAGCAAAGCGAAAUUCACCUGGCCAACCAGAAAGGUACCGGGAAAAGAGUUUUGAAGACGAAAAAAGAAACAAACAUCGGAGCAGGAGCCGUAGCAAAAGUCGCUCAAAACACAGAAAACACAGGAAAGAACACAAAGCAAAAAAACGCAAAAAGCACCACAAAGAACAAGACAAACACCAUGAGAAGUCCAAGUCCUCAGGUGGUGAGAGUGAAAUUAGUUUAUAGUCGAUAGAAGAAACACAAAAAUAUCAUCGGAGCCGUAAAAAAAGAAAGAAGGAAAGAAAAUGAAAGUGGUCAGACUAUUUUUUUCAUGUUCAAUGAUAAGUCUCUCUGUCAUGAGUUAAUGAAUUGACUCGAAGCAGGUUUUUCAGAGGAAAGUAUUCCUUUGCUAGUUAUCUGCCGAAAGUACAUGUGUAGAUUUUUGAAAAAAUUCGAGAAGUGACCAAUUCUUAUUUUUGAUAAUUUAAUUCUUUUGUCAUUUAUUUCAUCAAUUUUUGCCUGUGAUAAAACUAUAAUUCUCCAUAAUUGUUUCUGGACCCAGUCCAUACAAAACUCUUAGAUAAGUUGUUACUCAAAUUUUUUCACCUGAAAAGUUCCAGGAAUGAUGAUAGCGAAAUAAUUCCUCCAGCACUCAGAUCACAUGGUUUUACGUAGUAUUUCGAAUAAAUGCUCUGGUUUUUUAAACCUUUUCCCCCUCAUGAAUUUUAUGACCUUCAGUGCAAGAUAAAAAUGAUAAGAAACUGAGCAGGCUGUCAAGAAAAUACUUCCUAUUAUUUUUGUAACUGUCAAUGAUUUCUUCAAGUACAACAAGAGGGCGUUAAUCAUUGGAAUCAUCCGUUAACUGUUGUUAAUUUGUUAGGUAAUAAACUAGAUUUUGUACCUUUA